UAAAUUUGUAACUCAGAAAAAUGUCUGUGUAUCAUAUUAUCGUCGCCAAAAUACUGACUUCUCCAAAAUUGGAGAAGCCAUUUAUCCUGUUCGAUCUCUGAUGAGAUGACAGGAAGGUUCCAAAAAAUGUAGAGAAGGAUCUGAAGAGCGAAAAGAUAAUCAAAAAUGAUGUUAAAGAGUUUUUAGCUGAUCCUGAUCCGGACUGAUUCCUUCAGAAGGAAUUCAUUAGUGACCAGCUCCUUAAGACAAUAUUUUUCAAGCCUGAUAAAACAGACCUUGAGAUAGACCAACCUUCUUAUGUACUUUAUAUAUCAUGAAUAACAGAUUUGGCAAUAAACGAAAGAAAAGUAGGAAGCUUUCUUAAAGAACUUUGCAGGGUUAUAAGAGACAACCACCAAGCGGAAAUUAAGGAUAAAUAACUCUAAAAUAGACACAGUUUUUGCUAAUGCUUGAUGGCAGACUAUUGAUAACUUUAACUUGGGCCCCUACGACUCUGCAACAGGAGAAGGAGGCCCUGUCAUUAAUUUUUAAGAAUGUUAGACUUGGAGGAGAGAAAAUUGAGAAACUCAAGCAAAGCCUUCUUGAUAGUAUUAUCAAAAUGAAUGAUAACCGAGAGCAAGUUGAAAAACUCAACGCCAAUGCUCAAAAUCUCAGACAAGAAGCUUACAAGUUCAAAAAGCAAGCUCAAGAGGUUGAAGAUGAAAUGAAGAAGAGGAACAGGUGGUGUACGAAACGGUUUAUAUUCCUAUACCUCAUAAUCACCAUUCUUGUCCUUGCUGCCAUCAUUAUUGUGCUUAUCCUAAAGCUCUAAGUUCUCAGGAAUGUUCACUAAUAUAACUUCUACUCAAUAACACAGAAU